GGGCCAGCUUGCAGAUUGAAUCCGCAGAUCCGAACGAGAUGCAAAUCCUGGGUCAUCACCUGUCAGAGGCUAAGCUGGAAGACAAGACAAUGUAUUUGGCUGGUGGCUGUGACCAGGACUUUCAAGGUGAUGAAUGGUGGGCGGACUUUGCUUGGUUCAUCAUGAAGGAAGAUCUGAAUUCGAAAGAGGAGGACAAUUUGGAUUUGAGAAAACGCUUAGACGGACUGGAGCAGCAGGUUGCCAUGCUGAAGGAAGAACUUGCCAUGGUCAAAGGAGUCAAAGCCCAGGAGACACCCAGGAGCUCGUGCCGUUCAACCACCGCUCCGCAGUCGCCAGAGGAAGACUUGCAAACCAAGUGCGUGCAGCGCUUGGACGAGGCACAUGGUUUUCCAAUCAAUGAGGACUGGAGACUGGAGAUGCCGUGUGGGUUGCAAGAUACAAACAGGACGCAGUUCGACCAGUUCGACAUCGACCUGGAAUACGAGUCCAAUUGGGAAAGACCUGUUCAAAUGAAACAGGGCAGUGUAGAGAGCCUUGAUGAUUUGCCUCCGGAGUUGCUACCUCGUCUCCUGCAAUUCCUUCCAGUGAAAGAACUGGUCCGAGAUGGAACGCGAGCAGUUUCCCACUUCUUCUCAAGCAAGAAGGUAUGGGUGGCUCAUCUUUACAACCUGGUGGACAUUGAAUCCCUCCAUCUUCAUCACGAUGGGACGAAACACGCCGUCUUGGAAUGGCGAGAAUAUGAGAAGAUCAUGGUAGAGCAUGGCGAUGAUGCUGCAAAGGAACAUUUGGCUGAUGGUUCCGAAGAAUUGUUAGGUUUGGAUAUCUGGGUGAGGGGGCUUCACAGAUGGCACAAGAUCGAGCCUGAACUUACCUUUCGUUUCCAGCAGAUCCUUGCACAGCAGCUUAUGCUCGAAGUGGAGUCAACCCCCACCGGACCAUUGCUGCUAGCGACGACUAGUCUUCUUGGACGCGUUUGCUUGAGCCCUGCUGGUGAGUUGCGGUUGUCUAUAGCAGAGGCUAUUUUGGCACCACUGGCCCAUCACAACUUGGAGCCCAGGAUGUGUCAGAACUUUCUCAGAAUCCUGGCAUACUGCCGCUCUGUCUUUCACUGUCUUGACAUAGAUUUCUUAGCAAAAUUUGCCAGAAUAUUCACCAACUGGGAAGAUGAUGGCUUGACAAGGGAGGCUUUGACGCUAGCUCAAGACCUGGCAUACUCGAUCCUGCUGGAUGAUCAACUGGAACUGGUGACUGACAGCAUCGCCCUCCUUGGGCGCCACCCUGCAGAGGCGCAAAGGCUUCACAAGUUGUUGCAAAACUGCUAGGAUACUGCUCGGUUUCUAUGACUUACGCGAGUGCAUUUGAAGACCCCUACACUGCUUUCGAGGAAUCGACGGUCAUGCUGGAUGAUCUUUUGGCAAUUCUUUUUGAAACCAUUGAAUUUCGAGAGCGAAUCGAUGCAUAUUCCGGGAAGUUCGUUCCCAGCACAAGCACAAGUUGAUCCUUUCAGACCUUUUGCAGCCCUUCUUGCUGGAACACCAAUAUCUUGAAAUGCGCUGGACGAAUCUCACCGGGGUCGUCCAUAGCACACAAGGAGUUGUAUUUGGCUCAAACGCGUUUCAGCUACAAACCUUUGUUGGGCUUGUGAGUGGCCGAAGAAAGAAGCUCACGCCCCAUUGGUGGAGAGACUGCGUUGGAGCCAGAACCAGGGUUUCCAA